CGUAGCACUGUUCAGCCAGAGUUAUUAAUACAGCGGUUGAUGCUUACAACACACUAAAGGCCACACAUGUACAAAAAGAACUAUUCAGAGGUUUAUAUAAAUUAAUUAAAUGUUUGUUAUAAAUAAAAUCAUUUAUCUUAUAAUGUUUAAUGAAGAAAAUCUUGCAAAAAAACUCUCCGAGGUUUUAUUUUAGGUUUGAAUCCUGAGAAGCCACAAUUUAUGAUUCACAGCUCUCAGAAGCCUUCUCUUAAGAGAAAAGAGGGCAAGAGUAGCGGUCCUGUCCCAGGAAAGAAGACACACCAAGAAAUGUCAGAUACAAAAGCUACCAUUAAUGACAAAUCAAAAUAUGAAGAUGCUGGAACCAUUCAUACUGCUCUCAAAAAUAAGAGCAUCCAAAUGCAUAAUGUAUUCAGUGAAGUAUUACAAGUGUACCUACGCUGCGUUAGCAUAAUCAAAGGUAGUUACUUUGACCAAAAUAUGCCGACGAGAAAGACAAUCACAAAUGCUGUAAAAAAGAAAGAGGUUUGCAUUGAUAGUAAGAGUGCAAAAAAUAGAUUGAGUUUGGAUACUGAAGUAUUGAAAACACAAAUGACAUCUGAUUCUGAUAUAGACAAACAUGCAGGAACUGAUAAGAAAAUGCAUAGCGAUAAAGGGACCACAUCUUCAAGAACUAAACACUUGGAAGUUGGAAGCAAAAAUCAAUCUAAUAAGGCAGGUGGAGGGAUUCCAGUUGAAAGAAUAGUUCCUCAAGACAUAGAAAAUAUUCUAAAAAAGGAUGAAAUGGAGAUUUUUGCAUUCUCUGAUCUCUCAGAUCAAGAAACUGAUGAAAUGUGUAAGAAAACAGUUGGAGAGAAAUUAGAAACCACUUUCAUUACAACAAAACCCCAAGAUCAGAGAGACACAGAAACUGCUGACACAUCUGGGGAGUCUGUUUCAGAAAGACGCUACCCUCGGCGUAAUGUUCCAGUACUAAACUACACAGAGUCAGAACUGAUUGAGGAUGACGAGUAUUUGUUUUGUGACAUUUGUGAUCGAGAGUAUGAAGGUGAUUGUCCUGUACAUGGCCCUCACAUUAUUUUCCAUGACAACUAUGUUCCAGUCACAGGUGAAGAAGGCAGAGCUGAGAAAACUUCUCCUGCCCUGGUGCAUGUGGCUAAGUCUAAGAUACCAGGAGGUGGUAGUGGAGUGUGGACAACAGUAGGGCUCCCAGGACACGCCAGACUGGGGCCGUAUGAGGGCAAGAAGAGUGACCAGCCAGACCCUCUGGGCUACAGCUGGACUAUCAUGAAAAACAGGAAGGUAGACCACUACAUUGCAGCAGACUCGACAGUCACAAGCAACUGGAUGAGGUUUGUGAACUGUGCCCGACACGAAUCGGAACAGAAUCUGAUGGCCUUCCAGUACAAGGGCCAUCUGUACUACCGGACUGUGAAGCCAGUGCCACCCAAGGCAGAGUUGUUUGUGUGGUACGGCAAAGAGUACGCAGAGAAACUGGGCAUAUCUCUAGAGAGUUUUCACAGCCGCAACACCAGCCACUUGAAGAACCUGGUGUUUCCCUGUGACAGGUGCAACACUACAUACACAUCCCCCCUCUAUCUGGAGAACCACAGGAAGGUGUGUAAAGGUAACAGAGGACCCAAGAUACUGGUGGAGCCGGACAGUCUGCCGAGUGAUGUUCGGACUCUGGGCUCGCUCCGUGAUGGCAAGCAGGUGUACAGCUGUCCUGUCUGUCAGUACGAGACUGGACACUUGCAGCACAUGAAGCUACAUCUGUUGGCACACACCGGACAGAAGCCACACACUUGUGAUGUGUGCGGUAAAGGUUUCUCUCUGACUUCUGACCUGGUCAGACACAGACGUAUUCACUCAGGAGAGAAACAGUUUAAGUGUACAGUGUGCACCUACAGUUGUAAUCAGUCUAGUCAUCUCCACAUGCACAUGAAACGACACACAGGGGAGAAAACAUUUGCUUGUUCUCUGUGUGACUACAAGACAUCUGUUAGCAGCAGUAUGGUUGUACACUCUCGUACUCACACAGGUGAGAAACCGUACAGUUGUAGCCAAUGUCAGUACAGAGCUGCACGUAGCAGUGACCUCACUAAACAUAUCCGGGCUGUACACUUGGGGCUCAAGCCACACACUUGUCCUCACUGUUGCUACAGUACCGCAUGGAAGUCACUCUUGACACAACACAUCAAACGUAAACACUCACAGUAACACACACACUGUCUCAGUCUAGCACUUGGGAGGCAUCAUUUCUUACACAUUAACAGCACCAUAAUAGUUUGUGACUCAUUAAAAAUUAUACGACAAUACUGCCACAAUUGUAAUUACCUUGUCUUAAAUUAGACUAAAAGUUGAAUAAUUUUAAUUGGCAAUCCUACGCUUUAUUUGUAUACACUUAAAUAUAAAACACUAUUUUCUCUGUGAUAGAACACUAAAACCAAGAACUAUUUGUAUGUUACACUCUCUGCAGCUGUUACCGAUUACAACAGGUGUUUGUUUUGUAUGAUUACAAAAUUAAAUUGUAAAUCGACUUUUUGUAAAUUCAAAAGUUGUUAUUAAUAAUGAUGACACUUCUGUGGAAGUUUUUGAGCGUUUUAUGACAUGAUAGAAGACUUUAUUCUCACCUCUUUUAUAUAGUUUAGUUUGUAAACAGUAAACAUAGUCAUAUUGUAUGAUCUCAAAUUUUGACAAAAGUUUUUGUGUGUCAUAUUCAGUUUUCUUAAUUGAUUUGUGAGGAAGGAACAAAUUGUAUAUUUACAUACAAAUUGUAUAUAUCCAUUCAAUCUAGUUAAUUAAGUUUUAUACAAUUGUUUUGACUUUAAUCCAGUGAUAUGUUAGUAUGUAGAAGACUCCUUAGUUUUUAAUGAGAAUUCACGUAUAUGAGCUAUAAAGUGGUUGGAUUGUUUAACAUAUAUAUAUAGAAUACAGUUAAAAUAUUGUAAUAAUAAUCAACUCAUUAGUACUUCUCCAAGGCUAUUGCUAAAGCAGGCUCAGUGACAUAGAUUUAGCUCUGAGAGUGUGUUAAGUUUGCCACAAUCAUGACAGCACAUCUACGCUGUUACUAUGUGGACAAUGGAAUGCAAAGUUAUAUUUCUGAAGUAUUUAAAACAUAAGAUUUUUUCAAGAUUGUGUAUAAGGAUGAUAAUUGUAUCAAUUAAGUGGGUCAUGUUUAAAUUAGAUGUAACACAGCGAUAACAUACUUUGGCAUUAUUUCUUUUCCAACUAAUUAACGUAAAUAAUGAAUGAACAAUGUUUUUAAACCUUUGAAAGUAAUAAAUUGCAUUUUGCCAUAAACCAAGUUAAAAACAUUUAAGCUUUUUACUUAUUUGUUAUAGUGAUAUCUUGACUGAAUUGAACUAAAAUAUUAUUUACGCUAUUACAUUCUUCUUUAAUGUAAACAGAUGACUAGUAAUAUGGAAAACAAAAAUGUCAUUUAAAGCUGACCUUUUUCAAGAAUUUGUCUGGCAAGGUCUGUAAUAUUUAACUGUGAGUAUUACUGGGAUUGAAGAGUGUGAAAUAUCUGUUUUUGUGUGUUUAUAAGCGGCCUCUUGAGUAUCAGUGUGGAAUUAAUAAUUAAAUAACAACUGUUGUUAGUAAAAGUAGUGAUUUAAUUCUUUGUCAUGAACAUUUCUUAUUUUUCCUGUAAUUGUUAAUAGUAAAUAACUUCUAUCAUAAGUGACAUGCAUAAUGUCAGUUUUGUGACUGUUAUUAGAAUUAAGUUUAAUUCAACAUGUUAAUUUAGAGCUUAGUUUAGUUAUAAUUAUGUAUGUAUAUGAAUUGUAGAAUUGUGUAAAUUAAAUCUAUGACUAAAUAAAAUCUUAUUAAAAUUCA